UCUGCAGCCAAUCGUGAAACAGAUUCCUCCGGUUCCAAAUCCUGACAAUCGGAAAAGAAGCAGCAACAGAGAAAUCAGACUCCCGACAGAAUUCCCGAUCGAAUCAUCCGCCAAAUUAUCAACAGGUGUUACCCAUAUCAACACCGACGAGCUUGCGAGCGGCUUAGCUCCGCUCCAGUUUGAAGCUCGAAGCGCCUUUAGGUCAAUCCGAGCGGUUUCUUCCGCCGUUCCUACAUCCUCUCCCGACAGUAGCUUAGACUCGCCGGAACCUAAUCCCUUUCGAAUCUCGUCGUCGGGAGUGGAGGAUUCGGAGGGGCCGAUAUCUCUACCAUCUGCUAGCGCGGGAGCAGAAAUUCAUAGAAGUGCGGAGUUCUCUAGAUCCACCAGUGAUGGGUACGAAGCCUCUGGAGGUGAAGAUAGUGAUAUAAUUCCAUCGAGAAUCGUGCACAGAUCAUUAAACUGGUCGAAUGUGAUCUUCAACUCCGAUCGCGGUGAGAGGAUUGCGAGCAGACGAAUUGGAUAAGGGGGGACAGAUUAGGAAAGCGUUCUCUGCUUCGUUUGGCUAAGAAGAGGAUUCUUAUCUGAUCUGCCAUUGAUGCACUCAAUCAGAAGCUGAUUCCUUCCUCUUUCUUGUGGUUAGAACUAAAACUGUGUUGGUUCUGUGAAGAAGUUUGAGGUCAGGAUGUCUUAUUGUCAUGUUCUUAUUGCUACUGUAUUAUUUUUCAAUGAGAUUCCAAUUAUCUUUUGAUAUUUCAUUCUGCAUGUUGAUAAUUGCAUGGGCUUAUAAUUUGGGAUUAAGUGGAAUGGCCAGUACAUAAUUAAUGGAUUAU